AUGGUAUGGUGGCCUUUGAAAGGAAACUCGACAGACUCGCAACCGGAAGAUAUAGACAAGAUAGAAAAGAAGUAUCCAGUUUUUUUGGAGGAUGUGCCGCCAAAGUUUCAGGACGAACAACUAUUAGAGGCAGAGAACGCUAAGAAAAUGCACGAUGCUAAAUUACCUCCUGAGGGACAACAGUAUUCCACAGCAGGAGAAGUGAACCGAUAUUUGAAAUCAUUGUCUUGGGAUAACUUUCAAUUUAGUAAUUUGAUUCAGAUUCCGUGCUUCCGAGAUGCUGGAUUGUCUGGUUUCAGCUGUAUGUUUGUGUUUUCGACGGUGCUUUUCUUGUAUCAUCGAGAUUUGCGAAAGUCACUAAACUGGGGAUACGGAGGACUUCUUCUUGGAUCUGUGUUUGGAUGGGAGCACUGCAAUAGAAUUAGAAGAAAUGGUGAGAAAGUGGUUCAAUUGGCUCAACACAGGUACCAGGAGAACCAAAAGAAAAAGAAUGAAGGUAAGAAGAACUAG